UUACCCGAAACGUCAAACGUGAUCGUGCACUCCUCCCAGUUUAUCGCAUUUUACCAUUUGUACCCGAAUAAAAUCCCGUUUCCCAAUCCAGAAUGUCGCUCCUGCUGCGGAGUUUCCGUCGCAUAGCAAUUCCCAGCAUCAGCCACCAGAUUUUACCAGCAACAUUUACCGUACCCACCGUCAGCCAGCUCCACACGAGUACCGCCCUAUCCAAACACUGGAACACCCGCAACAUCGGUCCUCGCCGAUGGCUGGAGUACAACAAAGUCAUCUAUCCACCGCAAACACCGGACGAACCACCGCGGCCAGCAUUCGUGUGUCACCAGAAAACCAACAUUAAAUACAGCCCGAAAAAGAUGUGGUACAUCUGUAGCUUCGUCCGCGGGAUGACCGUCGAUGAGGCACUGAAGCAGCUCUCGUUUAUCGACAAGAAAGGUGCCACUGCAGUAAAGGAAACCAUUCAGGAGGCAAUCGAACUGGCUGUCCGGCGACAUAAUGUGGAGUUCCGAUCGAAUCUGUGGGUUGCGGAAUCGUUCUGCGGGAAGGGACGGGUGUUUAAGGGCUUCCGGCGGCAUGCUCGUGGCCGAUUCGGUGAGGUCGAAUACAAACACUGUCACUAUUUUGUGCGGCUGGAGGAGGGAACACCGCCGGAGCAUUACUACCCCGGACAGGAACCGAAGAGUGGGCCGCAGAUGCUGGACGAGUGGUUGGAGUCGAUGAGGAAGCGGAAGGUGAUUGGUUCGUUGUAGGGGGGUUGCUAAUGAUUAGUCGAGUGGUUAUCAUUUUGUCUUGAAAAAAAGUGUAUAUGAAGACAAAAAUAUAAGAUUUUUGAAUCCUAAAA